AUGGCUGAGGUGAACUUAAAUUUAAUAAAACGAGGCUUCAACCUCUUCUUCUCAAAAGAAUAUGGCUCUGCAAGAAGAAGAAACCCAACAGCUAAAAGCCCUCAAAUGGUCUUUGAUGGUCUCUUCUGUGAGGAGGAGAGUUUUGAGGAAGAAGAUGGUAUCAAGGAAGAAGGGAGGAAGAAUGUUGAUGAGAAUGUGAAAAAGUACUCACUUUUCCGUUUAGUUUUGGUAGUGAAUGACAUGGUUUGGGAUAAUGAUGAGCUUGUGUCCCUAAUUAUUAAAGAAGGAGAGACCCAUGUUUGUCUGAGUAGCCUGAUCUCAAAUGGACCUUCAAUGGUGGCUCGGAAAGAGGUUGCAGAUUGGACUUUGAGGGUUAAGGCGCACAAUAGGUUCUCUACUUUGACCGCUUUUCUUGCUGUGAAUUACUUUGAUAGUUUUGCUUCUGGCCUGAUGUUCCAGCGGGACAAGCCCUGGAUGAGCCAUCUCGCCUUAUUGUUUAUGUCAUUGCCGAUUCGAGGGUUAUGA